AUGCCGCAAUCCCGUCGGAAACUCGACUACUCUGCUUGCGACGAUGUGAGUUUUGCAAUCAAAGAUCUCAAGUCGGCGGAUUCGGAGUUCCCGCAAGAUCUUCUUCGUCCGGCCGCACGUCGUUGGGCUCAGGGUGCUGGCUGGACUCUUGGAAGUUACUCACAGCCAAUCCGAUGCCCGGCAGCUGAACCCACUUUCUCUUGCACGGCAAGGUGUUUCGAACAUGAGUUUUGCCAUGCUAACCAGGGAUCCGUUUUCCGCUUCGAAGGCCACAUAGAAAAGAAACACUUUUAUCGCCUGCUCGUGCAGAAAGCCGGCGAUUGCAAUGGAGAAGUUCGUAAAUACCGAGAGUCUGCAAGCUCGUCAAAGGAGUUGGCUGUCUCAACGGAGGACCGGCGACGCAUUCAUGCAGCUGCUGACAGUCUUCUCCAGGAUUACAUGCAGGCUACACCCACGGCAGUGAUACAAAGGAUGGGGGACCCGCCUGUGGACGCAGCUCAUGUUCGAUCAGUCCUUCGCUGGAGGCGAGAACAGUAUGGUAACUGCACUGCUGGAUUUCGUGCCAGCGAAUCGGACUUCACCGAGGAAGCCGAAAGAUGGGCCGACGUGGAUAGCAAACCCAUCCAUCUUGCAAGGUGGACACUCAACCUGUUUUGCUGGGCAGCAGUUCUCACGCCGUUCAUGCUUGAGCUGGUGCGACUGAAGCAAUCUGGCAGAUUGGAUGGUAUCUACUUAGCAGCCGAUUGGACCUUCAAAGUGGACGUCAUGAAUUACAGCAUGGGACUCAUCGCCUGCGUUGUCCGGCGCAAGCUUCAGAAGAACUGGAGAGCUACACCAUGGCCCUUGGUAGCCGUGUUGACGGCUACCGAAGAGCUUGCCGGCUACAGAUUGGGAUUCGAUGUUCUGUGUGACGCUCUAAAACAUUACGACCUCCCCAAUCCGGUUGCGGUAUCCACUGACUUUUUCUCUGGCUCUGGAGAGGCAGCCACAUCCAAGUGGCCGCGAUGCGCGCAUGUGCAAGACCUGUGGCAUUUACGCCGCAACCUGAUCAAGAACGACAAUGCGGCUCGGAGACAGUUGCAACGGUCUUCAGAAGGAUUGGGCAGUGUUCCGGGCACACCAGCACGGAAAAGCAAGAGGCAGAUCAGGGCCAAAGCGAAGCCGAAGGCCAAGGGCAAAGCGAAAUUGCCUCCGCACUUGAAAAAACGCUUCGUGUGGGCAUUCCUGAAGCUGGUCGAUUAUUUAGCCUGGUGUCCGACACGUGCGUUCUUUCACUGUGUAGCUCAGACAAUCUUCAAGCGAGUUGAGUUCGUCUGGCAGGAAAAGGAGUUUUUGCAAUAUUUCGUUCAGCGAUACAUGAUCCGUGUUCCUGCUUCUGACAGCAGCAUCGAUGGCACGGAACAUUUCUGGGGCGCCACAUGGUGGGUCGGCAUUGGAAGAUAUGCGCGCUUGCCUCCCAGCCAGCAACCAUCUGAGAGUUUGAACGCCAUUGUCAAGCGCCAGCUCCGUGCGCAAGGGCCUGUUACAACCCACGUUGACCUUGUGCACAAAUUUGCCAAAGCAGUACAGACUUUGUCCACGCCCAUGCUUUUUGGUGCGGACAGAAGCAAGAAGCCUGUCACACUGAUGGGAAGGGAUGUUCGGUCUGGGAAACCGACAACUCCCAGCGAGUGGAUGUGGCAGAAGGGCAAAUCUGUUCGUCGACCUUUUGACAAGUAG